AACACUAAUAAAAACUGGCUAAAGCAUUUGCUUCUUGAAAACAAUCAACGUCAAAAGUAUAUUCGUAAUAAUAGAUCAGUUUUUGUUCGUGAAGACCCCAAAUUUUUACGUAUAUUGCCUCAGCAUAGUGAUAUUAUAACUGCUAUUCAAGAAAAAAACCCAGUAUAUAUGUUAUUAAAAGUUCCAAAUGUAGAUUCAAAUUUACAUAAAAAAUCGCUAAUUCCUUUAAUUCCAGGAUAUAAAGUUUUUAUAUAUUAUGGUAGUUGUUAUUGUACUAUAGAAUUAGGAUGGUGUGAAGUUAAACAAAUUAUAUUAUGGAUAUUGAAUGAAUUUGGUGCUGAUAGUAAAUUUCAAAAUCGAUUAAAUAUUCAGCAAACUUUUGAAAAAUCAGAUGAUUUGCAUCAAUAUCUUGAAAAUUCGUCUACUCUUAAUUAUAAUAGCCGUUUGUCUUUACCAUUUUUAUUAGGAUUAACUACAACAGAAAAUGUAAAAUGGUUACGUGGGUAUGUUGGUGCACAUUAUUCGAACAUAUUUGAAUUAGAAUAUAAACAAUAUAAGGCAGAAAAAGAAAUAAAUACUAUAAUUAAAUCAGCGAAAAGAGAUGCAAAUUCUUUAGAAGCUGAGAUUAAGCAAGGAAUUCAAACAGAGCUUACUUUUAAUUUACAAAAAUCAGAUAUAGAUUCGACUUUAAUACAAGCAAUGAGUAAUAAGAUAAUAAAAAUGCAAAAAGAGCUAAAUAAUACUAAAAAGCGAUUAUGCCGUUCACACCAAACAGUAAUAGCAUUGCAAGAAUUAUUAGAAAAAGAAUCCAAUAAUUCAAGUGAAGAUGACGAAUGUAGUGAUAUAGAAAGUGAUCAAGACUUAUCUGAAACUCUGAAUCUUCAAGAAAUCUUAAACUUAUUGAUUAUUAAAGGAAAGUUAGGUUCUACUGUAUUUGUUAGCACCGAAAUUUUUCUAGAAUUAAUUCUUAGACAACCAUGCCCAAAAUGUUGCAAUACAGAUAUUGUGACAAAAAAACAUCAAAUAAAAGUUUCUGGAUUCUUAGUAAAAAUCAAUAUCACUUGUAAUAAAUGCUCUACAACAGUAUUCUAUAAAAAUGAAACAGAUGGAGUUGAUUAUUCAAAACUUGUUGCUGGAGCAGGAUUAGUUGGAGGAGUAAAUAGAGAAGAAUGGAUGACAAUGUUAUGCGCAUGUGGUAUUACACGCCAAAGUGGAAAAAAGCAAUAUUUUCAGAAACAAGAAGCUUUUUUUCAAAAAAUCCAAGAAAGUGCUGAAAGUAGUGCUAAUUUUGCUUUGCAUGCUGCUUGUGAACAAGUAAAAUUGCAAGGUAAUCAUGUCUUAGAAGUUAGUUUUGAUAAUUCAUGGAGUCAUGUAAGAAAAGCAUCACAAGCAAGUGGCGAAUUUAUCUAUCAUGGAAAAAUUGAUGGAUAUCGUGCUAAGCCUAUUGUAGGUUACCAUUUGGUAGAAAAACCUCGAAUUUAUAAAAACAAAAAAGAAGAAACUAUUGUAAUUAAUGAAGGAAAUUAUAAUAAUAGCAGCCGACAAAUGGAACAUGCCAAUUUAAUCGGUUCUAUUACUAAAAUCACACCUACACUUAUUGAAUAUGAUAUUGUUCUUGGAGUUGCCAUAGAUGGAGAUCUAAAUAGUAAUAAAACAUUAGCAAAUCAACCAAUAGUAUCAAAAAUAUUUGCAGAUUUAAAACAUAAAGCAGCAACUGUAAGAAAAAAAAUAGAUGAAAAAUGGAAAUACCUUGAACAACCGAUUAUGAAUUUUUAUAAUAGAGCUGUGUAUGCUGCAUGUAUUCGUACAGGUAAUAAUAAUCAUCUCUCACCAACAGAUAAUGAUUUACAUCAAUUACAUUAUGAUGUUCAAAGAGAAGAUAAACGAAUUUGUAACGUUGCCGAAAUUCAUAACAGAAAUGAAAUACGUGCAAAAAAAAUAACUCAACAAAAAAACCAAUUACAAGAUUUCGAUUGGUCACAAGAUUUGGUUCCAUACGGAAAAUCAGUACAAGAUAAUAUUAUAAAAUAUACAUUCCGACCUUCUUUUUCAGACAUUAUUCCUAAUUUUGACAGCUUUAUAUUAUGCGAAGGUUGCGGCUCAUUUCCAAAAAGAUUUCCGGAGCAAGGUCUUUGUAAAUUAUGUGGAUUUUAUUGGAAUCAUGAAUUAUCACAUUUUAUUAUCAAUCCAAAAUUUCAUUCUGCAAAGGGCAAAUCAUUAACACAACCUAAAUUAAAUAUGAUUGAAAUAGUUCUAUUAGAGGUUUUUAACUUACAACAUUUUAAAGAGUUACAAUAUAAAAGUAUUGAAAGUUUUAUAUUAAAAAAGGAUACGUUAACUAUUAUGCCAACAGGAGGAGGUAAAACUUUAAUUUUUUCUAUAGCUAGUACGUUAUUUUAUGGAUUAACGGUAGUAUUUACUCCAUUAAAAUCUGUAAUGGAAUGCCAAUUAAGAGAGUUAAUUAGCAUAGGGAUACCUUCAGCUUACCUUUUCGCAGCUACAGAUCAACCACUUGAUAUGCAAGAAAAAAUUUUUUCAGAAAUUGCCUCAGGAUUUAUUAAAAUUUUGUGGAUUACACCAGAAAAAUUUAUACAAAACUUUCAGUUUCGCCAAAUGUUAAAAAAAGUAGCAGAAAUACGUGGUAUUCAGUUUGUCGUAGAUGAAGCGCACUGUAUAAAAGAGUAUGCUAAUUUUAGACCAGCUUGGAAUCAGCUAUCUCAGCUAAAAGAAGAAUUUGGUUCUGCACCAAUUCUUCUAUUAACUGCAACUUGUAGUGAAUAUAUGGCUAGUCAAUUAAGUAUAAAUCUUAAGUGCUUUUCUUUGAAUAUAAUUCGUAACAUACAAAUUUACAGACCUGAACUAAAACUUCAAGUACUUCCUAAACCUGUAAAAAAAGAUAAAUUAUUAGAUGCAAUUUUUAAAAUUAUAAAUGAAACCACUACUGGACGAAUAAUUAUUUAUUGCGCAACACCAGAUGAAUGCUCAAAUAUAAUGAUAGCUCUUAAAAAACAAUACAACCCAGACUUAAUCACAAUUUAUCAUGGAAAAAUGUCUAAUGCUGAUCGAAAAAUAACUCUAACAGGUUGGAAAACUGGACUUUAUCGUUAUAUAGUAGCAACUAAUGCUUUUGGAAUGGGUAUACAUGUAGCUGAUGUAAGAGUGAUAAUACAUGUUACAUUUCCAAUAUCAAUUACAAAUCUUGUUCAAGAAAUUGGACGUGCUGCACGUGAUGGAAACUCUGAAGAAGAUCCUAUAACAACUAUUUUUGAAUCGUCUUAUUGCUGUGAAGAUACUUAUACCUGUCGACAAAUAUUAUAUUAUACUCCAUUUAAAUGGACUACGGAUCCACAAAUUCCUGAAUGCAAUAUAUGUGAUAACUGUAUUAGAAAAAUUCAAGAUAAGGCAACAAAAGCUAAUAUUCGUAAUGACUUAUUAAAAAUAUUAGAUAUUACAGAAAAGUUACUAAAAAUGGUUGAAGAAAAAAAAUUAACAAGUUUUGGAAGAGAGGAAUUAGUAGAUGUUUUUUUAAAAGCUGACAACAAAAAUACAAAAAGUAAAAACUUAUCAUUAUUGUGGACAGGAGAAGUUGCCAUUUAUAAACCAAUGAUUUCUACUCGGGAUGCCUGUUUUCACAUGGUGGAUAAAUUAAUUAUCAAAGGGUUUAUAAAACAAAAUAUAAUCAUUGAACCUAUUCGCCCAAAUUCUUUAAUUUUAUCAUAUAGUUGCAGUAUAAUUGCUAUCUCUGAUAAUGCACGAGAACAAAUAACAAUAAAUGAAUGGUGGGAAUUUGUAAAGCAAAGUUCAAGACAAAAAAAAUAA